AUGGCCGCAAACGAAAGUCCACAAUUCUGUGACGUUUGUCUAAACAGAGACCUCAAUAAAACAGCGGAGGAAUACUGUCAACAGUGUGAAGAGGUUCUAUGUCGGGAAUGUGGAGACCAUCACAAAAUAUCGAGAUCGUCAAAAUCGCAUAAGACAAUCACGGUAGAAAAAUAUAACAGAUUACCAUCCUUCAUCAAGAAAAUAAAACAUAACUGUGAGGAACAUGACUUCGUCCUUGAAUUCUUUUGCAAAUCUCAUGACUCUCUUUGUUGCAAAAUAUGUUCGAUAACAGCUCACAAAGCAUGCAAGGAAAUAAUGUUUAUAGAAGAUAUUCUUACGCCUUCAAAAGGACACCCAUCAGUAGCUUUGGAUAACAUUGAAAAAGUUCUGAAAAAUCUGGAAAGUAACAUUUCUUCUGCUAUAAAAGACAGAAACCGAAAUUUGACCGAUUUACGAGAACAGAAGCGGGUGAUCACAGAACAAAUUAAAGAAAAGCGUCAAGAAAUUAAUAAACUGUUAGACAAUUUUGAAAAGGCAUUACUAGAAAAGGCAUCUGCACUUGAGACAGAAUACUGUCAAAAGACAGAGGAAGUAAUUGCAAAAUUGAUAGAGGGAAAACAGAAAGUAGAUGAAAUUAAAAACGAUGUCGAAUCUGUAAAAUCGUUUGCAUCAAAUUUACAAAUCUUUAUUGGAUCAAAGUCAUUCGAGGAAAGUGUCUCAACUAAUGAACUCAACGUUCAAAAAUUGUAUGAUGAUGGCAGCUUAAACAAUGUGACAAUGGAAUGUACAUUCAAUGAAAAGCUAGAGCAGUUUAUAAAAGAGAUAAAUGCAUUCGGUGAUAUGAGGGUGGACAAUAGUGAGAAGCAUGUUUCUUUUCCAUGGAAAAGUUAUACAUCAGCACAAAUCUUUAAACCAAUCUCGGGAGCAAAAUCGGUUGAAAAUAUAAGUGUCAAAAUUUUGCGUAAGAUUAACAUUGGUCGUAAUGGGAUUACUGGAUGCGCCAUGUCAGAAUCUGGAAACAUGUUAUUCCUUGUUGCACACAAAAACAGUCUGAUGAAAUAUUCAUCUAAUGGUGAAUUUCAGUCCGAGUUGCAUAUCAACACUGCGCCGUCCAACAUUGGAUAUGACCUUGCAGUGGUCGAUUCCAAUACGAUAGCUGUUUCAACUGGUGGAAAUAGUCCAAACCAAAUUUAUUUGAUCGAUAUGAAUAAUGCAGAAAUACGUCAAAAUGUUGAUUUAGAGACCUUCUGUUACGGUUUAUGCUAUCACAAUGGAUCACUUAUAUGCUGCACUUAUGACAAAGGCAUACAAAUAUUUGAAAAUCAGAAAAAUUUUACUAGAAUGCUGGUACUACCUACUGCAACUAAAUCAUUCGGCUAUACCUACAUUACCUCAAAUGGAAAUUCAAUUUUUCAUUCAAACUGUCGUAAUAAUUCUGUCGUAUGUUAUGAUUACAAUGGACAAGUAAAAUGGACAUAUUGCGAUUCGUUGCUCAGAAAACCAUACGGUAUUACCGUAGAUUCCUAUUCCAACAUUUAUGUUGCUGGUUUUGAAUCAAACAAUAUCGUAGUGAUUUCGUCAGACGGAAAGCAGGCCAAAGAACUAAUUGGAGCUAGUGACGGACUUUCAAAACCUCAUGCCGUAUUUGUCCAUAAAACCAAAAACGUAAUUCUUUGUGCUAAUCAUGAUGGAGUUGCCUUUCUGUUUGACGUUUCAUGCAGUAAACAUUCUGCUGAUUGA